UCACCUCAUUUGUCCAUCCUCCUCAUCACUCAAUCUCCUAUACCUACUAAAAUCAUCUAUACCCAUAACUCUUUAAUGAAUUGUGGAAAGACUAAACUGACCUUGAUUUGGGGGGAUGGGUUGAAUGAAAAUCGAAAAUUGUAAUGUGAUUGGGUUGGGUUUGUGAUUGAAAUCGUUGGUUUGGGAAGUUUGGUUAAUGGUUUUAUUAAAAAAAAAUUAAUUGAGAAAAGCUUAAUCUUCUUCCUCCCCCCCCGCAGCUCCCCCCGCUCCCCUCCCCGAGCAGCUCCCUCCCCCAUCCCCGCUCCCCCAUCCGGCUCUGUCGCCGCAGCUUCUCUCCUCCUCCUCCAUUUUCAAAGUGUUUCCGGAGGUCUAGAGUUGGGUAUUGCAGGUAAACUCAGGUCCCCCAACUUCUCUUGAGAAAUGCAUGUAUUUGGAAUCGAGCUAGGAGCAAUGCACAACGGCAUUGUUUAGUUGAUGGGUCAAUUAGUAUAGCGAUUUGGUAUAAAAUGCAUUAAUGUGGUUGAAUUAAACGUUGAUAGAUGCGAUUCGAAACCUAGUGUUUUGGAUUAUUGUUGGAAAACUGAGAAAAGUGGAAUAACUAGGAAAACUCGAACAACUGGUAUAACUUUGUUUUUGUUGAUCUUGUGCGAUAUUUUUGGCAGGAUAGAAUGACCAAUAACGUAUUCGUACAUUUUACAUAUGAAGACUGCAUGUAUGGUAUAUCUGUGAAGGCAUCAGUGGAGGAUGUGACGUUGUCAAUGUUACAUGAAAAGAUAUAUAAGAAGCUUGGGUUGGAUGAACGUAAGGAAAAACUGAAAUUGAGCUACAUUCCGAUGGUGAUACGUUGCAAGAAAGCUGUAACUAUUGCUGAUGAUGACGAUCUUUAUGUUUACCUCGGAUGUGUCGAUAAAGAGAACCAAAGAUGUCUUUUGGUUGUGGAGAGUAGUGAAAGGUCGGGAGCGAGACCACAAGAUAAACUUUCGAUAGCGGGUAAAAGUUCUGUUGGUAUGAACUACAACGAUUUGCAGCUAUUGGAACAUGAAGUUGGACCUAAUGCCAUUACAUUGUACGUUGGUGAGAACCAGGGGAAUAACGAGGUGAGUGCUAAAGAGACUGGUACUGGUAUGGAGACUGAUACUGGUAUGGAGACUGAUACGGCUGCGGAGACUGAUACGGCUGCGGAGACUGAUACAGGUAUGGAGAAUGAUACGGCUGCGGAGACUGAUAAAGGUAUGGAGAAUGAUACGGCUGCGGAAACUGAUACUGGUAUGGAGAAUGAUACUGCUACGGAGAAUGAAACGGCUGCGGAGAAUGAAACGGCUGCGGAGACUGAUACCGUACAUCCAACCGCCGAUAAGUAUGUUGAAGAGCCACCUGCAAUAGUACGGAGUAGUUGUAUAGAGGAAUGGGGCGAUGGUUUGAGUCUUAAUAAACAUGACGAAUUUCCAAGUAAGAAGGCAAUUCAGGAGAUGGUGGAUAGAGCUGCAUAUUGUGAAUGUUAUCGUUAUGUCACUAAAAAGUCAGAUCGAAAUCGAUUGGUGAUAACAUGUUCGCAAGCUGACUGCAAAUGGGUAAUACGAGCUUCAAGGAUUGCUGGGACAGAAAUUUUCUCAAUAAAAAGCUACACGAAGAUGCAUACAUGCUCGCGGACACAACAAAGUGACAGCAACGACAAGAGAAGAGCGUCAGCAGAAGUAGUGGCAAGUUUUUUGAAUGAGGAAUUCCCAGGAGAUGUGCAAACUCCAACUCCAAAAGAUAUUAAGGCUCUGGUUAAGUCCAAACUUGGUGUCAUGAUAUCCUACUCCACAGCAUUGCGUGGAAAGAAUUUGGCUUCUUGUGAUACACGUGGUAGUCCGGAAGAUAGCUACAGGAUGAUGUAUAGCUAUUUGUUCAUGUUAGAGAAAAUGAACACGGGAACAAAAACUAGUGUGAAAUUGGAUGACUCAGGUAAAUUCAAGUACCUCUUCAUAGCGUUGGGAGCUUGCAUUGAAGGGUUUGCAGUUAUGAGAAAAGUGAUUGUUGUCGAUGCAACAUGGCUGAAGAACGGAUAUGGGGGUGUUCUAAUUUUUGCCAAAGCUCAAGAUCCUAACCGUCAUUGCUAUCCACUUGCGUUUGCUGUACUUGAUGGAGAGAAUCAUGCUAGUUGGACCUGGUUUUUUGAGAUGCUUAGAAGCGUUAUACCAGACUCUUCUGAACUGGUUUUCAUGAGUGAUAGAAAUCCAAGUCUGAUAUUUGCAAUAGCAAACGUGUACCCUCAGGCUCACCAUGGUCAUUGUUUAUGGCAUUUGAAGGAAAAUGUUAAAGGGCAUGCUUCUAACGUCACCAAAGAUGUAGUCGGGCAUAGAUUCAUGGAGUUGGGAAAGAUGUACACAAUGGCUGAUUUCAAUGCUGCUUACGAAAGAUUUAAGCUAAGGUUCCCUUCAGCUUACACGUAUGUGGAGGAGAAAACUGAAAAAGACAAAUGGGCAAGGGUUUUUUUCCCACGUGACAGGUACAACUUGGACACAAGCAACAGCGUGGAAUCAAUGAACAAAGUGUUUAGAGAGGCAAGGAGGUGGGCCUUGAUACCAAUGCUGGAUUGUAUCAUUAGGACAUUCUCUGAUUGGUUUAAUCAACGUCGGAAGGAUGCUGUUUCACAAUCAUUGGGUACCAUGCUAGUGCCUCUGGUUGAGAACUACUUGCACGAUCUAUGGGUUCUUGCGCGAACGCUACCUGUGCGGGAGCUUAAUAGUUAUGAGCUAGAGUACGAGGUCAAGGAUAGUCAUGGGAAGAUGUUUUUGACGAACUUGAUUGCCAAAACUUGUACUUGCAAGGUGUGGGAUUAUGAAAAGAUUCCUUGUCUGCACGGACUGGCUGCUUAUAUCUAUUACACUAAUGAGGUGGAUAAUGGGGGUGGUAGGAGCCGUGAUAUCAACAUAGUAUAUCAUGAGUUGUGCUCAAAAUACUAUUGGACGGAACUGUGGGCAUUGGCGUAUUGCAGGACAAUUUAUGCUGUGCCAGACAUGUCUGUAUGGGAAGUCCCGGAUCACAUCAGGGAGCUGAAGAUCAUACCUCCGGAUCCUAUCAAGCGGAAGGGAAGGAAAAGAGUUAAUAGACUUCCAUCUGGUGGAGAACGCCGUAGGAGGACACAGAACAAAAAGCGGCCUAGGCAAAAUUUUGGUUUCAAUUGGCUGUUAUUUGGAAAUGGUUCAAGCCCUUCAGAGCAGAACACGGCCUAACCACAACUUGUUACUCUGUAAUUUGUAUUUUUUUUGGAAAACUCUGGAAAACUAUUUUAUCAUCUUUGUAAAACUGCAUUGUGUUUCGAGUGUGACAUUAUUAUUAUGUAGAUGGAAACUUGAUUCGUUAUGACAUUUACUAUUAUGAUUACUCUAGUCUGACUAAUAAUUCAAUUAAACAUGUUUUUUUCAAAACUUUCUCAAAAAUUAUGAAAACUCUUACUAUCUCCAUAAUAAACCUUAUAGUUUCACUCACACUUUGUGAAUGAAGAACAUGUCACAAAAGAGAUUAUCAGGUAAUGUUUGUUUCCCAAAUAUUUGUGCAGUGAACAAGAUAAAUAUCAUGUUCAAGUACUAAAAUCGAAAGUAAAACAAGAAAACCAAACUGAAAGCACUGGUAACACUGAAUAAAUUAUAAACCACAGAAAGUACAACUAUGAGCAAAUCUCGUAAAACUAGUAUCUUAUGUAAAACUAAGAACAAAUUUCGGGGAGGGAAAUGAAAUUACAUUGGCGCCAAAACAUAUGAGGGAAAAUAAUUAUUUUAAUUAUUUUAACUAUUUUCAUUUUCUUUCUCUAUUUUCUUCCAUUUCCCCUCUAUGUCACGUCCCAUCUCUCUCUCUCUCUCCACUCCAUCCCUCUACUUCUCUCCCUCCUCCCCCUUCUUUACCGAGCCAUCUCUCUCUCUCUCUCUCUCUCCACUCCACUCCAUCCCUCAUUCCUCUCUCUCGAUCUCUUUCGGUUUCUCCCAUUUCUCUCUGACAGUAAUAACUGAAGCAUGACUCAUCCCGACGAGGAGUACAGUCACAUGAAGGCCUUGAAGAGACACAACGACAUGCUUGGUUUCGUGGCUGAUGCGCAGUACGGCGUCCCGACCAAGUGCCCGUGUGGUGGAGGUAUCAUUCCCGAGGUAUCUCCGUGUAACAAGUUUCCCAAUGAUUUUGAUACGCAACCUGGAAGGAGGUACUUCACCUGCAAAAACUUUGAGAAUAAUGGUCUCCACUUUCGUACGCCGUGGGUGAUCGCGAUUCAGGACGAGGUUACUAAGUUAGUAGACCGUGUCAAAGAGAUGGCUGAGGAGAUUGAUCGCCUCAAGGCUCAGCUUUACCAACUCCACCGUCCAUGAUCCCAUCUUGUUGCUCUAAGUUGUUGUUGUUCUAAGUUGUUGUUGUUCUAUGUCUUAUGAUGGUACUUUGAUCCAUGUUGCUACUUUCCUUCUCUAUGUGUGUGUCUUAUGACUCUAUGUGUGUGUCUUAUGACUUAAACUAUCUAUCUAAUGUUUAUGUGUUUUGUGGUUUA